AUGUAUGACCGUGCUCCAAUGCCUAUACCAGGUCAAGCUGGUGGUGGGGCUCCACAAUUGCCUCCACGUCAACAACAAGAUCAACAACAAGGACAACAACAAAAUCAACCACCACCUAUUCCACCUAAAAGACAUUCAAAAAUUAACAAUUUUAUAUCUAGAUUUAAAAAAAUGUCUACUCAAUCUCAAUCUCAAUCUCAACAACAACCAUUCGGUUCAAAUUCAGGUCCAAUUUAUGCUAAAGAUGAUUUAUUUGGUCAACCAAUUUCUACUAAUGAACCAUUAUCUCAAUUUCAAAAAAAAGAACAUGAUAUUAAACCACCAGUUGAUAAUGAUAAUAAACCAGUUGGUACAAACAAAUUUUAUACAAAUUUAUUAUUAGAAAAUCAAAAUAAUCCAAUUUGGACUCAGCCUUAUUCUAUUUGGUUUUCGAAAGAUGAUGAUUAUCAUGGAUUUGCUGUUCAUCAAGUUCAAAAAAGUAGUAUUGUUACAGGUGAUGCUACUGCUAAUGCUGUUAGAUUUUUCUUUGGUCCUUUAGGUAUUAAAUCUUUUGUUUUCGGUUCAACUGAUUUUGAUGAUACUCCUUCAUUAUCUUUACAAAAUAUUAAACAUUUAUCAGCUGAAGCUAAAUUAAAAAGUAAAUCUCAAGGUGAUUUAGUUUUUCCAGUAGUUCAAGGUCAAGGUUUUGUUACUGGUGUUUAUAACAAUUUAAUUCCAAAAUUAUCAAGUUCUGUUGGAUUUAGAAGUUUCCAAGGUGAUACUUCACCAAGAUCAGGUAUCAACAAGUAUAAAAUUGAAUUAAAUGAUGAUUCUAAAUGGGUUUUAUAUGUUACAAUUCCAGAUGGUCAAUCAUUAGAAUUAGGUCAAAAAGAUGGUAAUCAUAUCGAAGGUAAUAAUUCUGUUAAUGGUGCAAUUUUCCAACUUGCUAAAGGUGAUUCCGGUACUUAUGAUGAAGCAGCAGGUGCUUAUCAAACAGGUGCUAAUAUUACAAAUGGUUCAGUUUCUGAUAAAAAGGGUAAUUAUUCUUUGAAAUAUGAUGUUUCUGGUGAAUCAAAUUCUGGUAAUGGUUUAAUUUUCGCAUUACCUCAUCAUGUUGAUACUUUAACCUCUGAAUUGGAUGGUGCUAAAACUGAUUUAAAAUUAGAUACCAUUACAAAAGGUACAGCUACAGCUUAUUUAACAAAUGAGUUGAAAUUUAGUGUUGAUAUCCCAUCAAACAUUGGUCUUGAUCCUUAUUCGUCUAUUGAAGGUGCUUCAUUAUCAUAUUCAGAUGAUGUUUUAAAUAAGAUUAAAAAUGCUGCUAAUAGUGAUGUUGAUGAAGAUGUUGAAAAAAAAUCAGAUCUUGAUUCAAUGUAUUAUGCUGGUAAAGCUUUAGCUAAAUAUGCAUUGGUUUUAUAUGUUACUCAUUAUGUUAUUAAAGAUGAUGGUUUAACUGAAAAAUUAUUACCAAAAUUGAAGAAAGCUAUUGAAAGAUUUUCUAAGAAUGAACAACAAUAUCCAUUAGCUUAUGAUACAACUUGGAAAGGUCUUGUUUCCACUGCUGAUAGAGAUGGUGAUUUCGGUAAUGCUUAUUAUAAUGAUCAUCAUUUCCAUUAUGGUUAUCAUGUUUUUGCAAGUGCAAUCGCUGCAAAAAUUGAUGGUGAAAAAGGUGGUAAUUGGAUUGAUUCAGUUAAAGAUUUCAUUAAUGAUUUAGCAAGAGAUUAUGCUACACCAACAGAUGAUGAUCAAUAUUUCCCAGCUUUUAGAGCUUUUGAUUGGUAUAAUGGUCAUUCUUGGGCUAAAGGUGUUUUCGCUUCUGGUGAUGGUAAAGAUCAAGAAUCUACAUCAGAAGAUUAUAAUGCUUAUUAUGCUUUAAAACUUUGGGGUGAUGUUGUUGGUGAUGAAAAUUUAAAAAAUAGAAGUGAUAUUAUCUUGGGUGUUUUGAAACAUUCAAUUAAUAGUUAUUUCUUAUUAGCUGAUGAUAACAAGAAUCAACCAAAAGAUUUCAUUGCUAAUAAAGUUACUGGUAUCUUAUUUGAAAAUAAAGUUGAUUAUACAACUUAUUUCGGUACAAAUACUGAAUAUAUUCAUGGUAUUCAAGUUAUUCCUGUUACUUCAGUUAGUUCAUUUAUUAGAGGUCCAAAAUUCACUAAAGAAGAAUGGGAUCAAAAAUUAAAAGAUAUUGCACCAAAUGUUGAAGGUGGAUGGAGAGGUCUUGUUUAUUUAGAUGCAGCAUUUUUUGAUCCAGAUACUGCAUGGAAUUUCUUUUCAGCUGAUAAUUUCAAUAAAGAAUAUUUAGAUGGUGGUUUAUCAUUAACUUGGUCAUUAACUUAUUCAGGUGCUUUUGCAAACAAAUAA